AUGUCGUGUUCAUCCUCGUCUGGAUCAGAUGAAGACGAUGAGGGCUUCGAUGCCUACCGUAAAGGUGGAUAUCACGCCGUUAGAAUCGGAGACCAGUUUUCCGGUGGCCGUUACAUCGCUCAGAGAAAGCUUGGUUGGGGCCAAUUCUCCACCGUUUGGCUUGCCUAUGAUACUCACACUUCUAGUUAUGUUGCUUUGAAGAUUCAGAAGAGCGCCCAACAUUUUUCUCAAGCUGCACUUCACGAGAUCGAACUUCUUCAAGCUGCCGCUGAUGGGGAUCCUUCAAAUACCAAAUGUGUUGUUCGUCUUAUCGAUGAUUUCAAGCACGCAGGUCCCAACGGGCAGCAUUUAUGCAUGGUGCUGGAGUUUCUUGGUGAUAGCUUGCUCCGUUUGAUCAGAUACAACCGUUAUAAAGGGAUAGAGUUGAAUAAAGUGCGCGAGAUAUGCAAAUGUAUACUGACCGGUCUAGAUUAUUUGCAUCGUGAGCUCGGUAUGAUUCACUCCGACUUAAAACCUGAAAAUAUUCUUCUCUGUUCCACCAUUGACGCUGCAAAGGAUCCCAUCAGAUCCGGACUGACACCCAUACUAGAAAAACCAGAGGGAAACCAAAAUGGUGCAGCAACCAUGAAUCUGAUUGAGAAGAAGUUGAAGAGGAGGGCAAGAAGAGCGGUUGCUAAAAUAUCAGGAAGAAGAGUCUCCAUAGUGGGUUUAAGUGAAACGCCUACAAAGACUGUGAGAAGUUUAGAUGGGAUUGAUAUGAGAUGCAAAGUUGUGGACUUUGGGAACGCGUGUUGGGCUGAUAACAAGUUUGCGGAAGAAAUACAGACAAGACAGUACAGAGCUCCUGAGGUAAUACUUCAGUCAGGCUACUCUUUCUCUGUUGAUAUGUGGUCUUUCGCUUGUACCGCUUUCGAGCUUGCCACAGGUGAUAUGCUUUUUGCUCCAAAAGAUGGAAAUGGGUAUGGAGAAGACGAGGACCACCUUGCUCUUAUGAUGGAAGUAUUAGGAAAAAUACCUCGGAAGAUUGCUAUUGGAGGUGCGAGAUCAAAGGAUUACUUUGACAGACAUGGCGACCUAAAGAGGAUUCGGAGGUUGAAAUAUUGGCCACUAGAUCGUUUACUGACAGAUAAGUACAAGCUUCCUGAAGCCGAAGCACGGGAAUUUGCGGAUUUUCUUUGUCCGAUUCUUGCUUUUGAGCCAGAGAAACGACCUACUGCUCAACAAUGCCUGCAGCAUCCUUGGCUGAAUCUCAGGACACAGAACAAUGAAGAUCAUGUUGAAGGUCAGAUGAGUAACUUGCAGAUCAAAGGUUGA